CAAAUACUGUCAAAGGAAACUGUACCUGCUCUUCGUUCGCUGGACACCAGAGCGCCCGUCUUGUUGCUCCACGCUGUUGUCUAGUAUCGUGCUGAAAAAAGAAAAAUAUGCCGGAGGAAACGUCCACCACGUCCAGCUCUGGGAGCGUGGAGGAGAAGCCGUGCUCCUCUUCCUCAGCAGCUGCCGACAGCUCUGUUGACGUUGUGGAGGAGGCAAAUAAGCUGAUUGGUACUGGGAACAGGCACCUGGUGAUGGGAGAUGUUGUGUCUGCCGUCAGUGUGUUUCAGGAUGCCUGCAGCAUGCUGGCUGCGAAAUACGGAGACACCGCAGAUGAGUGUGGCGAGGCCUUCUUCUUGUGUGGGAAGUCUCUUCUGGAGCUGGCCAGGAUGGAGAACAGUGUCCUUGGUAAUGCCCUGGAGGGAAUCCCAGAAGAGUCUGAGGAAGAGGAGCAGCCUCACAGUUCAAAGAUUGAGAGUGCCAACAAUCUUGAUGAAGAAACUAGAGAUGAACUACGAAAGCAGGUGUAUGAUGCAAUGGCUGAGGGGGAGAGAACUGAGGCAGUUGACAGCAAGCUGGAGUCUGAUGUAAAGGGAAACACUGAGGUUGACCAGGAAAAUAGUGCGGCCACGGUCCCUGGCAAACAGGAUCUGGAGGCAUCCACCAAUUCCCCUGUGAGCGUCAAAGAUGAUGAAGUUGCGAUGAGCGCAUGUGCUCCGGUGAAGAGUCUGGUGGAAAGUCCUACCUCUCCUGUAAAAGCAGCUGUGAUGGAGAAAAAGGAACAAAUUGAAGAGAAAACGGGUGGAAAAGAUGAGGAAUCCGAGCCGGAGGCUGAACAGGACACGGAUGAGCCAGAGGAUGAUGAUGACGACGACGAGGAUGAGGAUGAAGAGAAAAGUGGACCGGAUAAGGAGGAAGAUGAUGUUGGGAAUUUGCAGUUGGCGUGGGAGAUGUUGGAGGUGGCUAAAGUAAUUUACAAAAGAAAAGAAGGCAAAGACGACCAGCUGAUGGCAGCCCAGGCAUAUCUGAAACUCGGAGAAGUCAGUGCUGAAUCUGGAAACUAUUCCCAAGCACUAGAAGACUUCCAGGAGUGUCUUGCCCUGCAGCUCAAACACUUGGCCCCCCACAGUCGUCUGCUGGCUGAGACUCACUACCAUGUCGCCACUACGUUGUGCUACAUGGACCAGUACAGCCAGGCCAUCCAGCACUACAACAGCUCCAUUAAGGUCAUCGAGACCCGUCUGGCCAUGUUGCAGGAGGUGAUUGGGGCUGCAGAAGAGAAGAAUGAGAUGGAGGAGCUGGAGCAGCUGCUGCCUGACAUCAGAGAAAAGGUUGAGGAUGCGAUGGAAAGCCAGAGAACAGCCAGCGCUGCCUCCCAGGCCAUCCAGCAGACGCUAGGCGGCGCUUCAACCUCGUCAGCGUUCCUCUGUGAAAAUGGCAGCCCUGCAGCAGUUUCCUCAACCAGCCAGAUCACAGUUAAAACAUGUGACAGCACCUCUCCUUCCAAGGCGGUCUCUAACAUCUCCCACCUCGUUAGAAAAAAGAGGAAACCAGAGGCGGAGAGCCCCGUAAAGGACACUGGUGCUAAACAAUCGAAACAGGAAGCCACAGUUAAUGGCGCUGACUCUAGUGCCAGCAAUGGAGUCCAGGAGGGAAAAUCACAGGAGCCUGCUGCCCAGUUGACCCCCUGAUGAGUCUUCAGUGAGAUCAUCUCCUUUCCAGAUCUUCAAAACCAGCACAGCAUGCCCAUCCAGCCCCCUUCCCCUUUUUGAUUUUGUAAAUAAGAUCAUUUUCAUAGAUUUUGUCUGUCCAGUUUUUGUAUACUUGUAGUAAAAUAAUAAAAAAUGGCAGCAUCAGA